ACAUAUUUAGCCCCGCGAGCUGUAAUCAACAGGUGUCCGUUCAAAAGUGUGUUGCUGUAGAAAUGUUAAACUGCUUAACGUCUCUCUAGAAUCGACGUCUAUUCAGGAGACUGUUAAGUCAUAAAGGAACAAUUUUGAUGGCUGACCUCUAUCAGAACACACGGGUCACUUACGGCUCACUUUGAAUAUAUUACAACCAGCAAGCAGCAGCAGCUACCUUGAGUAUAUGCUACGUCAUUAUGGUUUAAAAAAUACUUACCAUGACUUUUUGUAAUCUGUUUCAGUCCGUGUGUUUGUUUAGCUCACGUAACGCAGCUUAACAUUUGAUGUUGUGCCAUGCGGUCAGUCUAAUUCCCUGUACUGGCAUUAGGUUAGUUAUGGCAUCUCCAGGGUAUUUUGGUGAUGGUCCUCCGAUGCGCGAGCGUGACCCGUACUUCACUGAGGUCAUCAGCCAGAGGAUGCGCGUGCCCGAGCGGCUGAGGGUCAGUCCAUCGACUCACGCGCACGAGACUGCAGAGCAAAAACAUGAAGAGCUGCCUGCUGCUUACAGCAUGCACAUCCCAGACAGACUGGCUUUAACAGAUGCUCCUGAUCUGAGUCCGCGACCUCUCUUCACUAAACAAACUUCAUCAAUGUGGGACCUGCAGCAAGGAUCCUGGGACAGGGAGGCAUUCUUGAGAGAGCCCGUCCAGAGUCCACUACGAAGGUCUUACAGUGACCAGGCCUUUGGUCGAACCCCACCUGGAACCCCCACACACUCCAGACAAACACUUCAUUCCCAGUCUCCCCGCAGUAUUGGACGUCCACCUGUCGUGCAUACAGACCCAUCCCCACCAAAGCCCCCAGGACUCCCCUCCAUCCCACCUAACCUGCUGUCCCCGCAGAACAUGCUGCAGGCCGCCAAGGAGCUGGGCCAGCAGGCGUCUCAGAAACUCCUCCAGACUGUCACCAAAAAAUGCUCCUCCAGGUUUGGUUACCCUGAAAACCAUCCCUCUCCUUCUCAGGCUGUGGAGGUUCAACCUGAUCAAAGCAGGACAAGUGCCUCGCAGGAGUUCUGGCUCAGUCCUGAGGAGGACACGGGUACCGCUGUCGAGUUCAUGGUGCUCCGCAGACAGGUGGUGAAGAUGAGCAGGAGAAUAGCAGGGCUGGAGAGACAGAACGUCGAGCACAGACAGACUGAGCUGCUGCUCUUCUCUCUGUUACUGUCUGCCUGUCUCAUCAACGGCUGGCUGUGGAUGCGCAGAUGACCCUACACCACACAGACGGCACUAGCAAGAGCGCCUGCGCUGUUUACUGGGAAGUACACGACUGCACAUAUUUCUAGAGAUUUUCUAAUUGUAUUUUAAAUAUUUUCAUCAAAAUAAUGGUAAUUGGAAGGUCUAGAAACCACUCGUAUAGAAGACUGUGAACACUCGGAUGUGUCACGUGAUCAGCGUAGUGGCAUGGGCCACUUUGCAUUACAAGUGAUUUGAGGAACUCAACUCGUGAGAGUUUGAUGUCGUCAUUCAGUAAUGCAGUGUCUUUUGAUCAGGCUAGUAGCUAGUUUUUUUUGUAUUUGAUUUAUUCUGCAAAUUAAUGAAAUGCUGAGAUUUUCUGCAUGCUUUACAAGUAUUUAUGAAAGUAUAAAUAUGAAUGUUUGUAUUUAUAUUAGCUUUUUUUUUUAGGCCUUUUAAAUAGCCUUUAUCCAUUUUAACAAUUUUUCCCAGUCUGGUUGGUGUGAUGAAUUUUUAAAAUAAUAAAAAUU